GAAGAAGAUGAAGAAGAAUUUUCGAAGUAUUGUUGUCACUUGUGAGAAAAAUAUUGGGCUUUAUCUUAGACGAAGAAAGAACACAAAGCACCUCUCUGUGGAAGGCCACGCACUGAUCCUACGAUGUUGACAAGGAUAGUAUUGACUGAACGGUCCGCGUCCUGAAUGUCUGAGCCACGUGUAGUCAGUAUUCGCACAUAAGAACCUCCCUCACGUCACAAGUAAACCUAUCAUAACCAUAAGGAAGUACGAGAUGCCUUCGAAAAAGGAGCCGCCGAUUCCGCGCUACCUGACGCAUACCUACUUGUCGAAGUCUCGCGACGCCUCUGCGCACCGAAAAAAGCGGUUUCUGCAGGCGCAUGAGGGGGAACUCCGUACUGAGUACAUCGGAAACCUCCGGGAGUCGCGUUACCAGUCCGACCUCGGUCCCAGCUUGAAAGCCAACGCGCCCCCAGCUGCGUUCCGCCCGCCGGGACGGAGCACCAUUUACCGGCAACCUGGGUUCGGCCCUGCGGCGCGCGUCCGGGAGGCGAGCCGAAAGAAAGUCCGGGAUGGGGUGUCGCCGAUUUUCGAAACUCCGCCCGAGGUGCUGCUAACCAACCGAGUGACGGCUGCGCGGAAAAACCGGAUUUUGGUGCGGUCCCGGACAGAGCAGCGCAUCGGAAAUUUGGAACAGAGACGGCCCAUAGAGGACAUCGAAAACGAAGAAGACGUGGCUUUCGCGAAGAACGCGAUUCGAGCGCAGAUUUUCGGCGAAGAUUUGCAGGGGAUUUUCGGCGGGGGAGGAGGAGGAGGAGGUGCCAGGAAUACUACUACAAACAGAAGCGUCUCGACGUCGAGAGCAGCGCGGAAAGAUAAACUACUGUCCGAUAUUGCGGAGGAAGAUCAAGAUGAGGUUUGGUCCAAUGUGUUGGCCAACAGCUCUACAAGGGGAAACUACGGGAGAAGCCGAUCCAUCUCCGUGUUCGCCAGAAAUCCCAACAAUCAGUCCUCCUCCUCCAGUGUCGAAGAGGAAGAUCCCAGCUGCGACGAAGACAUUCUGCAAAUGAGCGCGUCUUUCCGUGGGAGAAGGGGGGUUGUAACUGGAAUGCCUGGUGCCGGAGGUGCAGCCAGAAACACGAGCGGGGGCCGGCGGCGGGAGCGAAAUUUGAGUCUGAUAAAGCGCAACAACUCCACCUCUCUGGCAGCAGCUCCUGCACGUCGGAACCAUAAAUCACCACCAAAAGGAGCAGACGGAGGCCGGUUUCGCACGCCGACACCUGGUCCCCCUUCGCAACUGACGCGACAAAGCGCCGGAACAGCCAGGCUUCCGGGAAGAACGUUGAGCACGCCGAGCUUGAGCCGGCAAGGAACCGCGGGAAAUGACCACACGAUGCUGACCGAUGAUUUGCCGAGUCCAACGAGAUUCGUGAACGACUACCGGUCGAGCCGCCCGGCGUCCAGUGUGACAAGAGGACGGUACUACUAGAUAGGUGAAUGAGACUUGCUAUUGCUUUGAAGAUCGCCUGUCGUGCAUGCUCUGCAAAAGAAGUGAGAAACAAUAGCAAUUUGAGAGUUAGUGUCAGUUCGUGAGGUGGACGCACAUAGUACAAUUUUCUCAGGUCUGCCGGUGGUUCCCCGAACACCCUUCACCGUUCCGUCGCUUCCAGUGCAGCCGUCAUUCCCCUGGGCGGCUCUGCGCGCACGCUUCCGAAGUACCAGCAGAGUCUUUCCCGCCAACAGUCCGAGCACCAGCUUUUUGCUGAUAGUUCGCUCCCGCCCUCGAAGUCAACCCUGUUCACCCCCCGGGGCAGUUUUCACAACCACAACACCUCGAACAAUGGCUUCAACAGCACCCUCCAGUCCGGACUCCAAUCUCAGUCCGCAUCGAAACGCUCCGUGUUGUUUCGCGACGAGAGUAGAGCGACCAACCACACAACUGCGAGGAAUCGAAGCAACAGUCCCGGGAUGUUGAAUACGAGGGCGAGCCACUUGAUGUCUACCUCUCCGGGCGGCCGUUCCUCGACGGUGGACAACAUCACUUCAGCCAGUAAUGCAAAGAGGCAAAACGCCAUCGAUAGCCUAGCCAGGCGGGUUGAGGAGCUGGAGCAAAACACCUUUGAAAACUCAUCGGAGAGGCAAAGGGCGGACUGGAACAUGCAGAAUGGCGUGCCGACGCUGCCGAGGUUCAGUAAAAAUUGGAGCAACUAUCAUGCGAACAACGGUACUAGUACCUCGUUGAAACACCGCGACCCGCCACACCCCUCCUCUGUCGCGUAUUACCGAACGAGGCAGCUGUACAACGACCGGAAUAACAUGAACGUCGCCCAGGUAGCAGUUGCGGAAGAGGAGCAGGAGGAGUUUCUGAGCCGAAAUGACGAUUUGUUCGCGACUUCCCCCCAGCGAGGUUCGAAUUUGCGGAACAGCAGCAGUCGGAGUGGUCAUCGUGGACGACAAAAUAUCCACUCCACUGGAGGUGGUGGAGAUAACUACUCCAUUGCAGCGACGGCGGCGCAGAACAGCUCGGCCGCUGUGGCGCCGACGCGGGGGGAAAUAAAACCUGAUGAAGAAAUACAGAAGAUCAUGAAGUCUCGUGGGUACACGGUGGCCGCUGACUUUGCGAGGGGAAAUCUUGGAGAGGAUCCACGAAAUUUGAACGCCGACAUUGAACAGCAAUUGCAGUUGUGCCAACAGCAAGUCCGCGAGUGCACGAACAGAUAUUUGGAAACGCGAAUGCAGAUCAAACGCGACGAAGAAAAGAAACGGCAGGACGACUUCAAACGGACGCUGACGGGCGGGCUGAAAUACGCCACGGAAGCGCGACUGGUCGGGGCUUUUGCAGGUGGAUAGGAUUUUGACGAAGUGUUGUUAUUGCAUUUUGUAUUUCGGUGCCGAAGCUGCGAAGACAAAGAAACAGAAAGUAAACAAUUAUGCCACCGAUUAAGACUAAAUCCACAUCAAAUACGCACAUCCAAUAAAUCUAUUCCAGGCCCUUCUUCCGCCUCCUCACUGUUCAACCCGGCCGCGGUCUCCAACACGGUCAGCAUAGCUUCGCGCUCCCGAUCCGCGUCCCCGGACAAGGCCGGCGCUUACCGGCGCGGGGCGGCUACCGGCGCGGAGCUUUUCUCCACCCCGGGCAACCUCCUGAAUGACGUCCCGCUGGUCGGCGUGAAUAGUACCGGGAUCAAGUUGAACCAAAAAACCUUCUGGGCAGGCAUCGACCCGAACCGAUUCGCAAACGGGAGCCAACAAGCCCGGUCGUUGUCGGAGCCGAAGCUGCGGACGGUUAACGCUCCUGGUUUAACAGCGUACAAGGACGACUUCGAUCUGGAUACGCUGCUGAACCGGUCACUACAGCCCAACCACGGAGGGCCGUUGCGGAACAGCGUGAAAGAGAAGCCACUAGGAGCGUACAGCACUUUCAGCGGUACUGGUGGCGGGAUGAACAAAACGGGAACUACACCUUCGACCGCCAGCCGCAUUCCGAAAGAGAACCCGACGACGUGGGACGAAAAGCAGGACGCACUGCUGUUUCGGGAGCGCAGUUUGCGCAACCUCUACCUCGGGGACCAGUAUUUGGAAAAAUUGCAGGCGAAAAUGCAGCAGAACGACCCAGACAGCGUGCUGACUGCAGCAGCUUUUAACCCACGACAGCAUCAGAAAACCAUGCACCAGCGGCAACUGGAGCAUCACAAGCAGCUGAGCGCAGGGUUGGAGAAGAUUUGGUCUCCGCACAAGCAAGCAUUUCGCGACUACGAUCCACAGGCGGAAAGGGAUCAUGAUCGAAACAGCAGCAGGACACCUCCGCCGCUGAGUUCCAAGCGCUCCUCGCAUCAAACAGCAGUAGAGCAGAUGAAUGCAGAUCAUGCACUAUCUCUGAACGUCGCUAGCAGUACCGCAUUGCGCUCUAAAGAUUUGUUCGGUGGCGCGCAAAGUAGAGACGAAGCCCGUGCGGUUCCGGAUUACCCGGCUGUGCCCAGCGGAGGACGUGGCUUCUACAACAACUCCAGUGCGAGAAGUCCGUCUUCUACUGGACCCCCAGGAGCUGGACUUCGUGCAUUAAAGAUUCCUGCCGACAUUUUGUUUCAAGGCGUGACCCCUCCAACCGCGUUGAAGCGAGACGUGGUGGUGUCGCCGCUGCGACUCCCGAGGAGAGGGGAAACAAGAAGUUCUGGCACGACGGCGGCGCAGCAAAAUCAAAAUGCGUACGACUUUCUGCAGCUGGAAUCGAGAUCGAAGGCCAGCAUCGAGGACGCGUUGAACGUGAACCAAUCCGGAAUACAGUUCCUCGAACAGCUUGGACGACAGAAGCCGACGGAUCCGGUCUUGGAUGUGCUCCGAGAGGAACCAGGGGCAGGGACGGUGACCACCAGAAGCGCGCUUGCGCUGAGCCGAACUCCAGGUCGUGGUCAGGGAGGCGGCGCAGCAACCGUCUCGUCCUUCUACUCGCCGAGCAAGUUGACGGAAAUCGAGCAUUUGCUGAACACGGCCACGUCGAAAAAGUCAGUUUCGAUUGCGUCUCCGUCACCAGAUCAUUAUGGUGUUAUGAGGACGAACGUAAAAAUCGAAACAAACUCAGACGCAGCGGCAGUUUUGUCCUCAACGUCGCCCUGGAACAAAGAGUCUUCGCUUGGUGUUGAGUUCGCAACGCGAGACAAGCUGGAUUCCAUCGAGAAGUCUGCUUUGUCCGCAAUUCAGGAGAAGCAGCCGACUUUUGCCUACUACAAGGAACUGGAGAGGAAAGAACGGGUAUUGACUACACUAGGACACCGAGGAACUACUUCGGAAGUAGAACUCGACGCAAGUGGUCGUGCAAUCGCGACCUCUGGUGUGAUCAUGGGCAAUAUGGAUGAGAAAGCAGAAGCACAGGAAAUUAUCCGUUCGAGCAAUUCGAGCAGUGGCAGUGCCUCGAGCAGUGCCAGCGGAGGCGCGAGCGCGAUUUGGACGAAGAUCAAUAGGAAUAGCGACGUAGAGGUUCAGAAAUCCUCGGCUUCAGGAUCUUCUUCCGCCGAAAGCGUAAAGCCAGAUCAUGGUAGAAAUGCUGCUUUUCCUGUACUGGGUUCAGAACGACGAACGCCUCCUGUGGUUCCCCUCCUUGGUCCCCCAAGUACUAGUAGCAUCGGUGCUCCUGCUACACCUACAACCGCAGAUGUCUUGCCAGGAGCUAGUAUCGCUAUCGGAGGCGUUCCGCAGCAGCACCAGGCGCAGCGUACCGCAGAGGUGGAAGCCACGACGAGCGGCGCAGCCACAUCUGUGGUUGACCCGAGCCCUGUGCCACUGCGAGCGCCGUCGCCGUUUCUAGCGAAAUUGCAGGAAGAACGGUUGAAGAGGCACGAAUGGAAAAAAGCGCAGCUGGAAAACUUGAGAGCGAGCUUUUGAUUUUGAACACUGGUUGGCGCAGCUAAUGUGUAGAAAAAAAUCGAGCGAGGUUUUCUCAACAAGAGACACUUUAAGGUGAAGGGAGAUCUUCAGUUCUUGAAAGUAAGGCCUGGUAGUAAGUGCAAAAAGAUCGAUGCACUACUUUUUUAAACCGGACGUAAAGAGUUACGUGGUGGCGGUUCGUUCGGCGAAAGCUCUGCGCCGACGUCGCUUGUCCGUACAUUUCAUCAAUUGUGUCUGUUUUUCGCGUGUAACCGCACU